GGCUCCCGCAACCAUUUCAGCGGCUCCACGGGCCGCGGGCAACUCUUGACGACAAGGCCGGAGUGCCUUUCCGUCUCCUCAUCACUUUCUGCUCUAAACCCACACUCGCAAACAACUUCUUGUUGAAAGCACUGAGUGACAGCCUCCGCACGACUGGCUACUCGUUCCGCCCGUGUUCCGGCGAUCAUUUCUGCCGCGGCCUUCGCGACCACCUCCCUCCCGACCACACCGCCACCCCUCCCGCCGCCAUGUCCAUGCUCCGCUUCCUCGCGGGAGGCGGCAAGGGCAAAAUCCACCCGCCGCUGCGCGGCUCGCUGGCGACAGCGACGAGCGCGGACUCGCAGAUCAAGCUCAAGCUCGUGGUGCCCAACUGGGGCGUGAUAUAUCUGCCUGCGCCCGAGCCGCCGCUCGCGACCGACACGGAAGCGCCGCCGCGCAACGACUUCCCCUUCCGCGGCGAGCUCGAAGUCACGCUGCCGCCCGGCGGCGCGCGGCGGUGCAAGAGCAUCCGCGUGGGCCUGCGCACCGUGAUCACGCUCGACUUGGGGCAGGGGCGGCGGUUCGAGGAGGAUGUGCUGUUUGAGCGCAAAGUCGAGAUCAUCGGGAGCACGGGCGACGGGAUAUGGCUCGAGGAGGGGCUGCAGCGAUUCGACUUUACGAUCAUCGUGCCCGCCGACCUGGCCAGCCACGACUGGCACACCAACGGCGUCAUCAGCCAUGUGCUGUACGCCGAGGUCGAGGGCCUGCCUGACCCGCACGGGAUGGUGCGCUCUGCGUCAAGCAACUCGCUCUUCGGGCUGCGCAAGGGCGGGCGGAGCGCGUCGCGGCCGCCCCCGUCGUCGCGCGGCUCGUCGCCCGCCGCGUCGCCCCCGCUCUCCCCCGUGCCGCGCAACGCGAGCUUCAGCGGCGCCAUCCGGUCCCAAGCCCUUGCCGCAGGCGCGUCCGGGUCGGCAGCGGCUUCGGGGCACGCGCCGGGGCCAGCGGGCCCAGCGUGCGGCGCGAACAUCACUGCGGCGCUCAACAACCUCGCGUCGCCGACGCCAGGCUUCCCUUUCCGCUCGCCGGGGACAUCGCCUGUGCCGAGCCGCUCGGCGUCGCCUGUGCGCUCGGCGUCGCCGCGCCCGAACCCGGCGCACGUGAGCGGCGCACACAACCUCUCGAUCACGCGCGAGGAGGAGGUCGUGCUUCCCCACGUGCCGAGUUACGACGACAGCAUGGCGCAGCUGUCGCUCGCGGACACGCCCACGCCAGACUGGAUCACGGGUACGCACAUCGCCAAGCGCAACUGCAUGAUCGUGUACAACCCGAACCCGUUGGGCGGGGUGAACGAGCUCGCGGACCACGCGAGCGGCUACGUCCCCGGCCUGGGCGUGUGGAGCUGGCGCAUGCUCUCGGACGUGUGGUGUAUCGGCGCGCUCCUCUCCUUCAACUUCCACCUAAGCAACAUCUCGCCCGCGACGACCGUCUUCUCCAUCUCCCUCCUGCUGAACCAGACGCACAGCAUCGUGUCGCCGCGCGACCCCGACGCCACGCCGCACGAGUUCGUCCGCACCUUCACCAUCUUCGCCGAAGGCAAGCGUCCCCCAGAGGGAUACUACUACCCGGACUUGCGGCACCCGGCCAUCUGGCGCGGCAAGGAUGCGCGGGGCAAGCGUGAGGGAGGCGAAAUCACAAUCGACAACAAGGUCCGGAUGCCCAACGACAACGUCGCGCGCCCCAGCACCGUCGACGGCGUCGUGACACCCAUCAGCGUGAGCCACACCAUGACCCUCGAGGUCGCGUUUAGCGUCUGGGGAGAGGACGAUACCGGCAAGAAAAUGAGCCACCCCACAUUCGGCGGGCUGCGGUUGCUGCGCGUCUCGCGCCCCGUAUCCGUGCCCUCGUGCUGUCUCGUCCCCGCCGUCCUUGACCUGCCCACGUACGGCUCGCAUGAGAAGGACCGCAUUCCUGGUCCCACGGACGACAUGCCGACCGGGCUGCCGGGGUGGGAGUGGUGCGCGUGUGGAUGGCAGAUCUCCGAGCUCGAGUCGCGUAUGCGGCAGAGCAUCUUUGCCCAGCAAGCGGAGGCAGCCGCGCGUGCCGAGGCCGGCAGCGCUCGCUCCAGCAUCAGUGAUGGUGACAGUAAGCUGGCCAACGAGCGCGGACGGGGACGGCAAGGGAGUCAAUAGUGGAGAUUUCGACUGCAAGUUCGGGUUAGGACUUUGAGGGACUAUGUGGGUCGGCAUGUAUAAUGUCACUGCGAGUCAGUGUUGGUCUUCUAGACAUGAA